AGGAGGUCACUAGAGGGACGCCUGAAGUGAGGAAGGAAGACCCUGCCUCAGGUCUGAGGGAAGGAGGAGAGGGGUCGUUUGGGGCCCAGAAGAAGGGCCAGGACCCCGGGGGAGAAGGCAGGGAAGUGGGCUCUGGCCUGGCAAAGGGGCUUCUCUGGGGCAAGGAGACCAGCAGGCAUCCUCCUUUUCCCAAGGGCUCCUUUCUAACAGAUGGACAAUUUACAGACCUGUGCCUACACCAGACUGGAUAGAGAUUUGGAUGUGCAGAACUGCCUAAAUGGAACCUUCCUGUAUUUUGCCUACGGUAGUAACUUGUUGCGGGAGAGGCUAAUGCUAGGAAACCCAUCUGUGGUUUUUCUCACACUGGCGCAUCUUCUGGAUUAUAAAAUUGCUUUUGGCUCUUAUAAAGGCAUACCAAGUUCAUCUUGGCAUGGAAGUACAGCGACUAUUGUUUAUUCCCCUGGUGAUGAAGUAUGGGGAGUAAUAUGGAAAAUGAACACUACUGAUUUAUGUUCCCUUGACAAACAAGAGGGAGUUGAAAAUGGUAUUUACAUCCCAAUAGAAGUUAGUGUUCAUUCUCAAGAAGGGAAAGUAUUUAAGUGUCGAAGUUACCAAAUGGAUAAUUAUGUCGAUGGGCUUCCUUCUCCACACUACAAAAAGGUCAUCUGUAUGGGUGCCAAGCAGAGUGGUUUGCCAAUGGACUAUCAGAAGAAAUUGGACUCUAUAAAGACAAACAAUUAUGAAGGACCUGUACCACUGUUUGAUGAAAUUGAAUCUGCUCUCAAUGCAUCUGAAGCAACAGAAUAAUAAUAAUAAAAAUAUUUUAGAAUGUU